CCCUACUCCUCUUAUUCCCCUCCUCCUCUCUUUCCAAGCUUGGUGGGCUUGGAAAGUCAAUGUUUAUGGCCAUCGGCGGGUUCCCCCUCCAGAGGCGUCUAUAUUUAGAGUUUGGGGCAGCUUCCCAGGCUUAUGACUUUUGAGGAGGGGGGCGCCAAGGCUAUCCCGGCCUUAAGCAGGAGAGAAGCAAGGGAGGGAGGGGGGGCUUGCUUUGCCGUCCACCUCCCCUCCACGGCUGAAUUUUCAGAGACAACGUGCCACCAUGCCAGCUGUUUCCAACCGAGCCAGGGCCCGGGAGAGGAACAAUGUCUUGAACCGAACCGAGUUCCUCUCCCUCAACCAGCCCCUGAAAAGCGGCCAGGAGUCUCGGAGUCUCCCCCGCAGGCUGAACAGCCAAGGAGGCCCUGCCCCGGCCCAGAGCGAGGGGUCCAAGGAGCAGCGCCCGUCUCAGCCGCUGCCGGAAGAAGACUGCAUGCAGCUGAACCCCACUUUCAAAGGCAUCGCCUACAAUUCCUUGCUGGCCAUUGACAUCUCCUUCUCCAAAUGGCUGGGGGUCUGUGCCAGCAACGCUGCGGCCUGGGGCAAUGCCCGCUCCAUGGUCAACCUCAUUGGCAUCACUGGCCAUGGCAUCCCCUGGAUCGGGGGCACCCUCAUCUGCUUGGUCAAAAGCAACACUUUGGCUGGCCAGGAAGUUCUCCUGAACCUGCUCUUAGCUCUGCUCCUGGACAUCAUCGUUGUAGCCGGGUUACAGAAAAUGGCCAAGCGGAAAGGUCCUUAUGAUGUCAGUCCGGGCAUUUUGGACUAUCUGACGAUGGAUGUCUAUGCCUUCCCUUCUGGUCACGCCAGCCGAGCUGUGAUGGUGUCCAAGUUCUUCCUCAACCAUCUGGUUCUAGCUGUCCCUCUCCGUAUCCUUCUUGUCCUUUGGGCCUUCUUAGUGGGACUCUCUCGGGUCAUGGUGGGACGCCACCAUGUCACCGAUGUCCUGUCCGGGUUUGCCUUUGGUUACAUCCAAUUCCGAUUGGUGGAGAUUCUCUGGAUGUCUUCCAACACGUGCCAGAUGCUGAUUUCUAUGUGGUGAAGAGGAGUGAUGACCUCAGCUUUCUUUCAUUUUCUAUUUGAAGACACAGACGAGGCCAGAGAUAUCUCCGAAAGGGUUUUACAAAGGAGCCACGAAGCUUGCUCUUUUGAGAGUUCUUCAAACUUCUUCUUAGAAGUUUGUUCUUCUGAGAGGUGGAGCUGAACCUCCUCAUGAAGCUUAAGAGACCGUCCUGUCUCAUGUAGCAACCUCAUCUGGGAAUCACUGAGACCGAUUUUUGAUUGAUUGAUUGAUCUUUGGCUGCUUUUUCCGUGAUUCCAACCAGAAAGCAAAUCCAAGGGUCAAGGACAACAUUGCUUUCUCUUGCUCUCUGGCUGUUGAGAUAUCUCCUAGCUCUCGCUUUUUAAUCUGGGGACAAUCGUAGAAUUUAAUGGCAGCUGAGAAAUACAGGAUGAGCUUCUUUGCCCAAGUUGAGGUGUCCACCAUUUGUGCUGAGACUCUUGUUCUUGGACAUCCCAGCUUCUCUGUCUUCUUUCCCAACUUGGACAUCAUCCAGAUGGGUGAACUUCAGUUCCCAGAAUUCUUUAGUCAGUACGAUCACUUGCUAAGAAUUGUGGGAGGUGAACAGCAUUCUUCAUAGUGUGGACUUCAUCUCCCGGAAUUCUCCACCAGCACCUGGUCAACACUGAGAAUUCUGGGAACUCAAGGGCCCCCUCCAGAAAGGUGGGUUUCAGCUUCCAAGUUGUGAAUUCUAGAAGAUGAAAUUAAUGCAUUUGGACAACCUACUACUAUGGAGAAAAACUUACACCAUGCCUUAUAAAUUAUUGCUAAUGACA